AUGGUCAGCCACGGUAGUCGCCAAGAGGUUGCCUCCAUCAGUGCGAUUGAAUUUCUCACCGGAGAGGUACUUCUUCAUACCUUCGUUCAGCCGGCGGAUAAAGUGACGCGUUGGAACACCCGGUGGAGUGGUAUUACCUCGAAGAAGCUCAAUGCUGCCCGUCGCCAAGGGAAAGUUCUCUGGGGCUGGAAGGAGGCCCGAAGCGCACUUUGGAGUUUCGCGAACCAGAGCACGGUCUUUAUCGGCCACGCUAUUCGUAAUGAUCUUGAGGCACUAAAGAUCAUUCACCCCAGGAUCAUUGAUCCCUCGAUCCGAACGAAUGAAGCGGUAUUCCGGCAAAAUUCCAACAAGCGCCUCUGGUCCCUCACAAUCCUAUCACAUUGGCUCGCUCAGUAG